AUGUCCGAGCCGGCGCUCAACGCAUUUGACGACCUGGGCCCCGACUUCGCCCAGCGUCUCCUCCCGCCGCAAGAUCUCCUUCCGCAUGCACCCCCUACCAGCCUCGCAGACAACCUGGCCAUUGCACCAUGGACUGCACCAGACGAGGACGAGCAGCCGCCAUUACCACCGCCCAAGCCUCGCGGAUUUAUCUCGCAGAAGUCGUCCUUUGCGUCCUUCGCAAUGUCGCGACAACCGAGCACCUCCACACUCAGCCUCUCGUCCCGCCCGUCCGACGCAAACAGUACCAACGGAUCAUCCACGCUGGUCGACGCAUCCUCGGACCGCAUGCCGCGCAAGUCCAAGUCCUCCCUCAACAUCUUCUCUACCAUCAUGAAGACGAAGCGGUCCCGGAGCCGCUUGCGUUCCGACGCUGUUACCUCCGACGAACCUGCCCCUCCCGUCCCCCCUCUUGAUCCUCACUACCAGGCGCCUUCUCCCUCCAGCUCAUCCUCCGGGACCAUGACCCUCACCCCGCUCACCAUACGCGGGAAGCUCAAGGGCAAGAAGAGAGCGGCGGAGCGUUCCCCCGACUCCCCCGUCGCCGAGGAUGGUUCCUCCGAGUUCAAGCUCGACACCGACCUCGAUCGCAUGGACGGCAUCAUCGACCCGUCCCUCCUCCCCCCCUCCGCACCCGACAGCGGCUCGCCACGGAGCGCUGCCUUCGACCACUCAGCCUCGGACGGCUCGUCCAUCAACCGCUCGCUCGGUGCCUCUUCCUCGAACAUAUUCAGCAACCCCUUCCUCCCCUCUCCGCACCGGACUUUGGCGCCGACCGGCACGGUAUUUGACGGGCCGCCCGAAAGCUGGGCCGUUGACAAGGAGGGUGAGGAGGCCACGCCCGUAGCGGCGGAGUCGAGCGAGGAAGACGAGGCGACGCCGACGGCGGCGGGCGCACGUGCGAAGCGGAAACGGAGGCACAGAGCGACGAUGAGCACGAUCGGCCGGCCCUCACAGCAGCCGACGAGGUACAAGAUUCGGAUAUACAGGGCGAACGGCACGUAUCAUGUUAUUGCCUGCGAGCUGAACGUCACCGUGGCGCAGCUCAUCAACGAACUCAAUAAGAAGCUCUCCCUCAAUCCGGACCGGGAGCCACAUAGCUACGACUUGGCCUUCCUAAUGAAGUUUGAGUACAAGAGCAACGUCUUGGGGCCAUUGGCUGAUGAUCUGCAUGUCGACACAUUCGACCUGAUUGACCUGACAGGACGCAGUCUACGGACUGUCCCGGUCCUUCUUUAUCCACACGCCGAUGCCAUCGUCUCCCUUAACCUUUCGCGAAACCCCAUGUUAGAGAUCCCCCUAGACUUUAUCCAGGCCUGUACGACGCUCCGGGAGCUGCGGUUGAGCCACAUGGCGAUGAAGAAGGUUCCGCAGAGCAUCCGGCACUGCACUACACUACACCGGCUCGACCUUUCAUGUAAUCGAAUAGCCGACCUGGACGACGCCGCGCUCGACCGGAUACCCGACUUACGCUCCUUGAAAGACCUGAACGUGUCCAACAACAAGUUCCGGACAUUACCGCCUGUAGUAAUGCAGCUCACGCAGCUAGUUGACCUCGACAUCUCGUUCAACAUGCUCGAGAAGCUCCCGGAGGAUAUUGGGCAGCUCGAUGCUCUCGAACGGCUCAUCAUCGUAGGGAACCAAGUCUCCGAGUUCCCCCCGACGUGUUCCCGAUUAGCCAACCUGAAGAUGCUCGACUGCCGUCGGAACCACAUCUCGGACCUGGCGAUCAUGACGGGACUCCCGAAGGUAGAGCAGGUCUUCGCGGACCACAACUCCGUGCACGCGCUCGAUCUCUCGUUCGGGCCGUACCUGAGGCAGCUGGACGCGUCGUACAACGACAUCACGCAGCUCACCGUACUCCCGGGACCGAUUGGCCAGCCCUACGCCCUUACGUCUCUCGACAUUUCACACGCGAAGCUCUCCGCGCUGGACGAGCGCGCUCUCGCGCAAUUGGCGGCGCUCGAGACGUUGCGAAUAGACCACAACUCGAUCCGGUACAUCCCCGACUCCCUCGGUAACCUCACCCAUUUACUGCACCUCUCUUGCUCGAAUAAUCAGCUUCGGGCGCUGCCAUCGACGAUCGGCAACCUCCAGCGACUCGAGACGCUGGAAGUCCACAACAACUCCUUGGCAGAACUGCCACCGACCCUGUGGAACUGCGCGUCGUUGCAGCUCGUCAACGCGACGUCCAAUUUGUUGGGGUCUUGGCGCGUCGCCCCGCCCACAAUGUUCCGGGCGCUAGUUUCCGGAUCGCAAGGCUCAGGGUCGAGCUCGACUGUCACUUUGAGUCGUGCGUUACCGCCCAUCGUCUACUCGCUGGAGCGUCUCUACCUCGGAGACCCCGCAUCCUUCUUCAGGAACAUGACCAACCUUGAGCAACUGUACUUGAGCGGGAACAAGCUAUCGGCGAUUUCGACGGAGGACCUACACCGUUUGACGAAGUUGCAGGUGUUGUUCCUGAACGGAAACAAGCUUCAGACGUUGCCGCAGGAGCUUGGCAAGCUCUGCAACUUGACGGUGCUUGACGUCGGGAGCAACAUACUGAAGUAUAACAUCUUCAACUGGGAAUUCGAUUGGAACUGGAACUUCAACAAGAACCUGCAGUAUCUGAACUUGUCCGGCAACAAGCGGUUAGAAAUCCGUACGGAUCUUGGCCACAUCAAGGACGACGAGAGGCGCAAGUUCCUCGCCGAUUUCUCUGGUCUUUCGCAGCUGCGUGUACUCGGGCUCAUGGAUAUCACAGCCACGAAUGGGGCCAUGAUCCCGGAUGAGAACGAAGACCGCCGCGUGCGUACCUCCUUAUCAGAGGUGAACGGGAUGGCGUACGGAAUUGCAGACACACUCGGCGUCACCGAGCAUCUAAAUAUGCUCGAUCUCGUUCAACCCAACUUCCGCGGCAGCGAGGAUGAGGCGAUCUUUGCGAUGUUCGGGCGGUCGUCACACAUCGGGAACAAUCACUACAUCAAUAGCUAUCUGCGCAACCGAUUCCUAGAGGUGCACUCCACCGAGAUGGACAAGCUUCGACCGGAGAAGUGGGAGGAUAUCGGCGACGCCCUUCGGCGAACGUUCUUGAAGCUCAACAGGUUUUUGCACGACUACCUGUACUCCACUGCGUCUGGUCGCAAGAUGUCCCACGUCAGCACAUCGACCUCGAACGCAGUUCGGGAGAUCGUCAACAAGAGAUCCGGCGCAUCGGGUAUCGUUUUGCAUCUGGACGGCAGAACCUUGUAUGUUGCCAACAUCGGGAGAUCCUUGGCCGUGAUAUCUCGUGGUGGUGAUGCCGAGUUGUUGUCGCGGUGUCACGAUCCGUUCGAUCGUCAGGAGACGUUGCGAAUCCGCAGUGCUGAGGGCUGGGUGUCGCCGAAGGGUGCAGUCAACGAUGAGAUUGACGUCUCCCGAUCCUUCGGAUUCUACAACUUGUUGCCUGUUGUGAACGCUAGGCCGUAUGUCAACAAGCGGGAACUCACCGAGCAGGACGAGUUUGUCAUCGUUGGCAAUUCCGGGUUGUGGGACCAUGUCUCGUACCAAACCGCCGUGGACAUUGCCCGUACUGAGCGCAGCGACCCCAUGAUUGCAGCGCAGAAACUUCGUGACUUAGCCAUCAGUCAUGGAGCUGACGGGACGACUAUGAUCAUGGUCAUCGCGGUGGCGGACUUAUUCAAAGGACCCGCUCGCUCUCGCCAGCCUACCAUGGAGUCGAUCAUAGACACGGAGGCGUACCUUUCCUCGAAGCGCCGACGGAGAGACGAACGUAUCAACAACCGCGACAUCUCCCGUCUCGAUGGCGAGAUUCCUGCACCCACUGGACACCUUGCUCUGGUCUUCACGGACAUACGGAACUCGACUCAUCUCUGGGAGGUCAACGCCGGCAUGCCUACAGCUAUCGUGUUGCACAACAAUCUCCUUCGGCGUCAGCUCCGACGUUGCGGUGGGUACGAAGUCAAAACCGAAGGCGACUCUUUCAUGUGCUCGUUCCCGAACGCACUGUCUGCCGUCUGGUUUUGUCUCAGCGUACAAACGCAGCUGCUGCAAGUCGACUGGCCCCUUGAAAUCCUUGAGUGCGAGGAUGGAAAGGAGAUCUACGAUCAGACCGGCAAGCUUGUAGCCCGUGGGUUGUCGGUCCGGAUGGGUAUACACUGCGGAAUUCCUGUCUGCGAGCCGGACCCUGUCACCGGCCGCAUGGACUAUUUCGGGCCUAUGGUCAAUCGUUCAGCACGAAUCGAGGGUGCCGCUGCUGGCGGUCAGAUUAUGUGCAGCGCGGACGUCGUUCGCGAGGUCAAUGCCAGGAUCCUGGAGACCGAGCCCGAAACGGAGUAUUCUCAUUUGCAACCAUUGCAGACUGUGGAGGCAAUCCGUGGCUCCGGCAUCGUCGUCGUUCCAGUGGGUCAGGUCAAGCUGAAGGGUCUGGAGGUCCCGGAGACACUGUCGCUCAUUUAUCCUCGUGAUCUCGCCGGUCGUCAAAGUCUCGUGAAGACCGACGCAAACCCCUCUGCGUCGCGGGUGCAAUUCAGCGUGAACCAGAUGCGUGAGCUGGCUAUGCUUUGCGUACGGCUAGAGAUGCUCUCAUCCGGUCGUCCAUUGUGUCCCACUUCUGCCUGCGAGGGGAAUGCUACUGGCGAGUCGUCCGCCCACAACUUCGACCCGAAGACGCUAUUGCCUGUCAUGGACAAGGCAUCGGACGCUGACCUCAUGUUCCUGCUCGAUUCUCUUGCGACGCGCAUCGAGAAUGCUCUCACUAGGAUAUCCCUCCACCGCCUGGGCACAUUGCAGAACCAACUACCACCGGGAAACAUCGACCGAGAAUGGCUCUCCCAACUAUUGGCCAUCAUCUCCCCCUUACCAUCUCUCGCUUCAUGA